AUGAAAGUCAAGAAAGUGAAAACAACGACAAAACUACAGCAGAAAAGCAAAUCGGCAAAAGAUCUGAAAGUCGCGGAGGUUUUUUUCUUGCGAAAAAAGCUUUUUAUGACAUUUUGUUACUUUUAGGCUCUGAAAAACGUCCAAAAAGUUCAAAAUGGAAAAUCAAUUGAGCAAGAGCCAGUAAAAAACGGAAAAAAGAAAGAGAAGAAGCAGAAUGAAGAGAUUGAGGUGACGAAAGUCGUUUAGAACUGCAAAUCAAUGCCAUGUUUUCAGGAACCUCAGAAUGGCACUAAAAAGAGACAGUUGAAGAAGAUUCUGAAACAAGACGGACUUCUCGUGAAGCACUCUGAAGGAGAACAGUGGUUCAGUUAUCAGGUGAAAGAGGGAAAUUGGAGUUGAAAGGAUAUUUUGGACACGAAAGUUAGAUUUGAGUGGAAUGGAAAAAAAACGACGGCAGUUUAAAAUAAAAGUUUAGAAGGCUUUGAAAAUCCGCAGAAAUUGAUUAGAGGGAAAAAUAUUGAUAUUUGAUAAGUCACUGAAACUUACUUGAGCCCUCGUUCAAUCAAAAAAAUUUCACGUUCAUUUUUCAACGUUUCAAACAAAUGUAAUUCUUUGUGAGCUAUGAAGAAGAAAAACAAGAAUAAAACCAAUUUUCAGAAGUAAUUCAUGAAAAACCUACUGAAAACUUGAUUUAAUCAAUGAGUUUAGUUUUCUCAGGUUGACAAGAAACUGGAAGAAGACAAGAAACAGUUGCCAGGAACUGAGGUUGAAGCUUUCCUGAGAGCUGGACGAGAAGCUCUCAAGCAGGACUCUCUUCUUUUCCAACAAAGUCAGUUUUUUUAUUUGUCUGUGGAUAAGCUACUGCAUAUGGUCAGCAGUUUCUGAUGAUUUCUUCACAGGAAAAUCAUCAGAACAAGUUGUAAAGGUUUUUUUAUUGAAAAAAAUUCUGAAAAAGGUUUUAGGAAAAAGCUUUUUUUAGGUUUCCGGGAACAUUAGAAAACAUUUCCUUUCCAAAAAUGUUUUUUUGAAAAAUAAAAAAACCCUUAAGGAGAGAGAUCCGACGGCGGAUCGGAGGCUUCUUGGUUCUAUUCGGUGAUCGCCAAGGGUACGGCGGCUGACAGAAGAACCGCCAUGCAACUCCAGGUCUUUCAAACAUGAAAAUCGAAAAAAGUACAUUUUUCAUAUCUCAGAUGCACAAAUCACCUGUCCAUUCUUUGGAAUACGUUGAAAAGUUGCUGAGUGGGAUGAAAAAGCCGGGAACUCGCGACAUCAUCGACACGAUCCGUAAGAUUUUGUCCAACGUUAUUGAUAGAAAAUGAGACGAAAUCGAAAAUUUAGUACUGGGAGUUUUUUGGGGUGAAUAUUUGCUCUUUUUUGGUUUUUCAAAGAAGGAGAUUGAAGUUGAAGUUAGAAAUACUCAUUUUCUUUCCUAUUUAUUGAUAUUUUUAGCCAUUCUCGAGGACGUUUUCUUGAACCAUUUCUUGCCGCCCCAGAGAAAACUCUUGACUUUCUCUAAUGUGAGUUUGGAUUUUCAAUGAUAAAUAAUAGUUCCCAUCUUCAGAGACCCCUUGCUGAUCUAACCCAGCUUUCUUCUGGAAAUGAUCGAUCCAGAAGGAAAAUUCUACUUUUGUGGGCCUUCGAGAACGACGUCAAGACCAUGUAUCAGCAGUUCCUGCAGUCUUUGGCUGUGAUUUUUUUCCUUUUUUGCUCUAACUUUUCGAAACAUCAUUCAAAUUGAGCAUUUUUUCCCUUUCUUUCAUCUUAAUUUCGCUUCAUUCAGGAAAUCAUCUCAAGACCUUUGGAAGACGUCAGCAAAAGGGCUGUUCGAGCAGUGGCCAACUGUUUGAUUGAGAGGCCGGAGGCUGAAAAUGUUGGUUUUUGUUUGUUAUUUUCAAGUACUUGUUCGAAUUCACGCCAUUUUUUUCAGUGCUUGCUUGUUAUUGUUUUCAUUUUUUCAGGUUGCUUUGUCGAUUCUGGUCAACGCUUUCGGACACCCGAACUACAAAAUCGGCGCGAAUUUGGUUCACAUUUUCGAGGACGUCGCCCGUCGACAUCCCGCCAUGCGGCCGGUCAUCGUCGCCGAAAUCGAAAGACUCAUUUUUCAGGUGGAGUUUUUUUAAAAGAAAGAAAUAAAACAUAACGAAUGUUAUUUAUAAUUUUCAAUAUUUUUGGAAAAGACGCUAGCCGUUUGAGGAAAUUUUUUUAGAGUGUCUUGUCGACUAGUCCUGAAUUGAAAAGUGGAAAAAAAACGAUAAAUUUGAAGAAAAAAGCAUAAAAAUAUUUUUCGGAUAAAUUUUAUGUAGGGAUCAAUAACUGCAAAAAUUUCAAAGUGAGAUAAAUCAAUACACAGGAAUAUAUUUCUAUGUUUUGUCUCUACACUUUUUUCUUCAUGUUCACCUUCACCGGUUGAUAAAUACGAUUUAAAGUUUUUUAUAUUUGGAUGCUCGUAAACUUUCUGAUUUUGUGUCCUUUUUUCUUUUCCUUUUUUCGGAUAGAAUGAGAUCGGUUUUAAAAAGAGGAGUUUUCACUGAGAUCGAAAAAGAAAAUUAAAAAAAUUUUUUUUAUUUCAUAUUCUCAGUAAAUUAUUUCUUUUCUAAGUUUCCCAAUUUCUUUUUCUUUAUUUUCUUUCCAAAACAGUUGAAAAACAAUUUCUUCAGGAAGAACGUGAACGAACGGGCCCACCUGUACUCGGUGACGUUCCUGUCGCAGAUGCAGUUUUCGACGGAAGACGGGGAACUCGCGUGUCGCGUCAUGGCCAUCUACUUGGCCCUCUUCAAGACGCUCGUCAACCAGAAGAUCACCGACAAUCGACUUCUUCCCAUUCUUCUCGCUGGCGCCAACCGCGCUUUUCCUUUCGCUAAAGGUUCUUCUCGACUUCCAUUGAGAGUUGUAGUUUGAAAUCAGUCGAAUGAGAUCUCGUAAGAUUGAGUUUCAAGUUUUCGAUGCAGUCAAUUUUGUAUGAAAAGUCUUAUACCUUUUCUCGAAAAUUUCUGAAGCUUAAAGUCUGAAACUGGUUAGAGUUAGGCAUUUUCUUUUCAAUAGAUCCUCGAAGUCAGGUAGGCGGCUCAUCUAUGAGAAGGCUCAUUCUUCCAACAUUCAAAAGGCGCUUUUUCUAACAACAAAACAACUAGAAAUCUAGUUCCCUUAUAUUUCUAAAGUCAAGAAAGCUUAAUUCCAUUAGAAAAAUGAUAAUAGAAAGAUUUAAAAAAGUUUUUUUUUCUGCUUCACGUUGUGGUGGAAUUUUUCAGAACAGAAAUCCGUGACCUCUAUGAGGAAAGAAGAAAAAGCAGAGAAUAUUCGUUUUACGUCCAAAAUUAUGAAAAAAACGAUGACUUCAACUUUCAUCCAUAAAAUAUUUUUUCCGUGAUAGCUUUUUACAUUUUCCAUGCUGAAAAGCUGUUUUGAACGUGCAUUUUGCUAAGAAUAUAGGGAAAAGUCGAUGAAAAUAGUUUCAAUAAUUAUCCUCUCCAGGCGUGGAAUCGCUCAUCGACGACGUCCAAGGCAUCUACAAAUUCGCCCACAGCCCCAAUAUUCGAACCUCGAUUCUGGCCCUCCGAUUGCUCUUCCAGUUCCACAAGCUCAAGUACAGAAACUUCUUAUUGAGCCUCAUAAGUGGAUUCUUAAGUGACUUCGUCUCUGACCGCUACUACGGGGCUCUCUAUCGGAAACUCCUCGACCAGUGCUCUCCUUCGGCUUACGCCCAGCUCAUCAAGUUGCUCUUCGACACCUUGAAAGAAGACCCUUCUGCGAUGCGCGUUCGCACUUUCGUCAAGCGACUUUUGCAGGUAUUAACUUAAAUCCAUAAACAAUGACGUUUCUGGGUUUGAAAAGAUUUUUUUAAAUUUUUUUUAUUUAUAAUGAAAGAUAGCGAAAUCCUAUAGUUUUUUCAACCAUAUAGUUAAACAGCUUCUGAAAAUGCGUUUUAAAAUACGAAAAAUAAGGUCAAGGAAAGCAAAAUUUUUGAAGAAAUAUUGGAUUUUUCCUCUCUUUGUAUUUAAUUAAAUUCAAACCCCUUCCUUUUCAAAGUUCGACCCAAUAAUCAGGAUUUCCUAUUCACUUUUUACUCGGAUCGUUUAGACGGCUGUGAACGAGACGGCGGAAUUCGCUGCGAGCAUUUUGAUAACCAUCUCGAAGCUGAAAGGUCUCCGGCCAACGGAGACACUCGUCGUUUUGCAGAAGGAUGUCGAUGUUUGCUCCGAAAUGAGUGUAUGGAAUGAUCCAUGAUUUUAAGAAAGCUGCACUCAAUGCGGCGGCGGCUGAGGAUGACGACGAGGAGGAAAGAUAUUUCGACGUCGACGACGAAGGAAACGAAGUCAAGGUCGUCAAGGAGGAGGUCAAAGAAGAAAAGGUUGUGGAAUACAGAAAAAAUAGGAAUAAAUUGUUUGGCUUGUGAAAUGCAAUGACGUCAUGAAGCGCUUGAUUUCGAACAAAUGAGAAAAUAUUCAAAAUCUUUUUCCAUGAACUUCUCCGCCGUUAGGAUGCAGUGACAAAAUUUUCAAAAUAGAAAAAAAAAUUGACGUUUUCGAAUUGAGAACCGUGUAACUAGAAGAGGAAUAGGCAAAAGGUAGAACAUGCAAAAAUUCUUGAAGUAGCAUGAAAACUACCUCUUAAUCGAUAGAUUCAUUUAGUUUCAACGAAAUUCAAUACGAAUCUUGUCAACCUGGUAAUAUUUAUUUUUUUUAUAGCCGCUGAAUGAAGAUGACAAGAAGAAAGUGAAAGCUGGCAGCUUGGGUCCGAGCAGCAAAGGCGGCUGGGUUCAUCGAACGAUCAGUGGUUAGCUGGACAACUCAGGCAAAGUUCGAGAGGCUAGAACAAUGGGGUGAAAAGCAAGUGUCUAAAAUGGUCUCUCUAAGGAGUCUUAUAUUUUGCUCGAUUUAGUGAGAUUCUAACAAGCGGGACAGGGAAAAAAUGAACAAGAGCUGACGACACAGAACGACACAAUUUUCAGGAAACCUAUGAGAGUUGAAAAAUCAUUAAAACAAGUAAAAAGAAUGAACUAUCGGAAUAGGUGAACAAAAAUGAACCUUUUCCCAUCUUUUUCAGAAGAAUUUUAGGAUGCUUUUGAACGCCUUUCGGACUUUGCCUAAAAUUGGAUAAAUACCUCCAUUUCUCGCCCAUUUUCAGGGAAACGCGACGCGAAAUCGCCGUACGACCCCGACGCCCGGAAUCCUCUCUACAUCGACAGCUCCACUGUGGCCGACGCCGAACUCUUGCUUCUCGCCAAACAUUAUCAUCCUUCUGUCGCUGUUUUCGCCCAAGCCUUGCUCGAGGUGCCCGAAAAACUCCUUCCUAUUUUUAAAGUCCUAUUUCUUCUCUAGGGACGUGAAAUAAACUACAAUGGAGAUGCGCUAAACGAUUUCUCGCUAAUGAGCUUCCUCGAUCGAUUCGCGUUCAGGAAUCCCAAAAUUGAGAAGGUAUAUUUUUGAUAUUCAUUUUUUCCUGAUAUUAUACUUUUGGAGAUUUUCAUCAGUUUUGACAUCUUCAGUGUUCGAAACGGAACAGGGAUCAAAAAGAAAAUUAACUAAUUAACUUUUUGAGGCAUUUUCUUUCAUAGAUUCAUGCAGAGAACUAUUUUUCGAAACUUCUUCGAAUCUUUAUUAUAUAACCUUCAUGUUCCUUUUCUCAACUCAGGGCCCUAAAAUUUUUUGAAGAAGGAAAGGUUGAAAAUUUUGAUGAGAAUUUGGGUAAACUAUUUUCGGAAAAAUCUUUUUUUUUUUGCAAACUACUCAGUUCAGGUUUCGUUAAAAUAGAUCCCACACCUUCAAAAAUAUUUUCUCAAUCUGUUCGGUACGAUUAAUUUUCUCAAUCGGGUUUUAAAUUGUUUUUUACACUUGCAGAAAAAAGUCACGAAGUCUUUGGCAUAAAAGAUCUCGUAAUUCACAUCAAGUUUCAAGAAAUAAUCCUAGAAAAGGAGGAUUUUUGGUGUGAAAAUUGAAGAUUACAUACUAAACACAACAAAGAGCUGUUUUUUUUUUAUUGGUACAUAGAUCUUCUACGUGACCCACUGUUUGAAUAGCUCAAAUUCUAAUUCAGAAAAAGGAAGGAGCCGCCCGAGUGGUCAGGAAGAAGGCCCACGACCCCUGGGGCGUCCGAAAGUUGGCCGUCGACUCCAAGGAGUACACCUCGAAAAAACGCGGCGAAAUCCCAGCGGAUGAACGCUUCCUGCACCAUUACGCGUCGACCGUCCUCCGGAUCAACGACAAGAAAAAACCGAAGAAGGAGCCUGGCGCCGAGGACGACGACUGGGAGAUCGAGAGCGUCAACUCUGAGGAGUUCGACGCCAUCAUGGACCGGUUCGAGCCGGGAGGCGCCAAUGACGAGUUCGACAUCGACUACAGCAAGGAGUUCUCGGCCGAGAAGAAGAAACGUGGCGAGGUUUGGUUUGGUCGAAAAUGAAAAAUUUGUAAAGAUUCUGCCAAGAAUCUGAUAGCACUCCCUCGAUUCUAACUUUCCCAAAAUUUAGAAUAAAAAAGGAUGAUUUAUUUGUAUUUUUUCAUGAAGUAGUGUCGGUCCUACGAAGUUAUGAAAGCAAAGAUAUGCUCCCAGUUUUUUUUUCAAUCCUCCAAACUCUUGAAACCCUUUUUUUCAAUUUUAAUGAAAAAAACAGAAAAAUACCACAAAAAAACAAUAGUUUUUUUGAUUAAUUAUUCAAAAAGUUGAUUUUUCCAUCAAGCAAAUUUUUGCAAGGAUGAAUACUCUGUGUUUUGCUGACCGGAAAUUUCUAGAAAAGAAAGGCGGAGGAAGACGUCGAGAUGGAUGAUGACGACGAAGAAGAUUUCGACGAGGACGACGAUGAUGAUGAGGUCGAAACUCUUCAGGGAUCACUUCUUCAACAGUAGUUCAGGGAGAUGACGGGGAAGAUGAGGACUUGGAAGACGAUGAAGAAGAUGACGUCGACAGCGAUGAAGACGACGGCGACGAUGAGAACUCGAAAAACGUCUUCGGCAAGGCCAUCGGUUCGUUUUCAACGUCUUAUUCAAGGAGGACUGACCUUUUUCAGCUGGAGACGAUUCUAGCGACGAAGAUAUCGGCGAAAACGACUAUGAAAUGGCUGGCGAUGAGGUAUCCAUAUUUCGAUAUUUUCACUUUCAAAUAAAAAUGUUCCUCAGUUUGCCGCCAUGUUGGAAGACGCUGAGGAAGAGGAGCAGAACUCCAGAAAAGGAAAGAAGAGCAAAAAGUCCAAAAUCCGCAAACCCAAAGGUUUCAAAAAGACCAAACGCCGUUGA